GCGCCGCCAAUCAGCGACCGUAUCUGGUGCAGCAGCCGAUGAAAACGGAAUCUGGGGUAGCGGCAAAAGCGCCUUACCCAGUGGUAGCCGACUGGAGAACCGCAGCCCCGCUGUCUGAACACCUCGGGUCAAUUCUAUGCGACGUUUGAGAGCCACACCAUUCGCAUUCCUCCACUAUUAUGGACGUGACCAACGGCAACGCGGUGCAACCGUACGUCAGUCCAGAAGCGAAGUUGUCCCAACACUCUCCCACCGCCGACGACGAGCACGACAACUGGAGCGGCGAGGGCUCGAGCGGCGACGAAGCGAACAGAAGCCAGAGCGGCGCCUCGAAACGCAAGCGGCCCCUCUCGGUGAGCUGUGAGAUUUGCAAGCAACGCAAGGUGAAAUGCGAUCGCGGCCAGCCCAGCUGCGGCUGGUGCGUGAAGAACCACUCGACGUGUGUGUACCUGCCGCGCAAGAAGCCGGGGCUACGCGCUGGCUACGGCAGAGAACUAGAGUCGCGCCUAGACAAACUCGAGACCUUGCUGCACCAACAACAGAACCAGAUCAACCAGCUGUCACACAAUCAGCUCGCGCCGGUCGGCACCUCGCCGCAAGAUGCACCCGUCUUCCGGAGCCCGCCCAUCAUACAGACGCCGCACAUCCCGCGCCCUGAAACUGCCCUGUUCAUCCAGAAGCCGUCGUCCUUCUCUGCGCAGACGCCGAUACAGCCUAAUUUCGGAAACACAAUAGGGGAGGCAAGGCAAGGGCACCCUGUUACCGGCAAUGGAUACCAUCCGUCGCCCGAAGAGAUGCAGUCUGGGCUGGGCGCUCUUCAGCGGGAUUCAUACGCGGCCGGUGCGCCAUCGCCAUUUCACCACGACCGGUUUGCGCCACCAUCCAUGGCUGGGGCGCUAGCACAGGGCGAUAACGAUUUUCCGCCGUACGAUCUCCUUUACGGCCUGGUCGACCUAUUCUUCAAGCACAUCUAUCCCUGGUGCCCUAUCCUGCAUCGUCAGACCACCUUGAACUCUCUGUUCGGCGACUCAAGCCUGGACGAAGCAGAUAGGAUCAUCCUGCAUGCAAUAGUCGCUACAACCCUCAAGUUCUCCACUGAUGCGCGGCUCACGCCCGAUAAAAGAGGCCGCUACCACCAGAACUCCAAGGAGAAGGUGUUGCUUUACGGGAUUGAGAACAGCUCGGUGAAGUCCCUCCAAGCACUGGUCAUUCUCUCUCUGGAUGUUGUCGGUUGUUCGAAUGGCCCUCCUGGAUGGAACAUGCUCGCUCUUAUCACCCGAUCAGUGGUGCAGCUGGGCCUCUCGAUGGAGACGUACUCGCCCAUGGUCGCCCCACAGUAUGCUUCCAUCUAUACUCUGCGGGCGACCGUACUACCUGAGCCCAAGGAUUGGAUAGAAGAGGAGAGCCGCCGGCGACUAUUUUGGAUGAUCUACGUGCUUGACCGCUACGCCACCGUGGCUACAGCAUUCGAGUUUGCCCUGGACGAGAAAGAAAUUGACCGUAGACUGCCAUGUCGGGACGAUCUCUUCGCUCGGAACGUACCAGUUGAGACGAGAUGGUUCCACACCUCAUCACGGUCGGACUACAGCAUGAACAGGCCCGAGAAUCUCGGCUCGUUCUCGUACUACGUAGAGAUAUUGGGGAUUCUCUCGCGGAUCCACAAGUUCCUGAAGAAGCCCGUCGAUAUCACAUCGCUCUCGGAUGUCGAGAAGUGGCAGGGAGAGUAUCGCGAGCUCGACAAUGCCAUCGAACAGUGGAAAUACAACCUUCCGCCAGAAUACGGAAAUUCCGCACGAGUCUUUUCAGGCUCUGGAAUGAACAAGCACUUAAACAGUGGCUUGGUCAUGCUGCAUGCCGCAUUUCACACCACAGUAAUUCGACUACAUUCCUCAGCAGCCUACCCGACCCAUCGCUCACCGAUUUUCACGCCCUCAUUCAGCGCCAGUCAAAGAUGUCUUAAUGCGGUCGAGAGCCUUGUAGCGCUCUGCGCCUGCGUCCGAGAGAACGCUCUCUUAACCAAACUCGGUCCGCCUUUUGCAUUCUCUCUUUGGGUAGCAGCUCGUGUUCUUCUCGUCCACGGCUCGACCAUUGAGCAUCGCGUUGACCAAUCUAUCAACCUCCUAGUCAACACGCUUCAAGAAAUCGGCCAUUACUGGGAAGUCAGCACACGCUACGCCAACCUGCUCUCGCGUGUACUGCAGGAAUACCAGGAGUCGCAACGAACACCCGUAGGGGCCAACGGCGAGCGUGUCACUCCGUCCACCGUCAAGAUCCUGGCAGACAUGCGCCGCUGUGCAUUCGAUUUGGACUUCCUUAUCUCGAGGCAGCCAAAGAUGCAUUCCAGCACUAGACCGGCUUCGGUAACCCCGGCCCGAACGCCGGGCCCUAACGAGCUAGAAUAUCUUGACGUCUUCGAUUUCUUCAACAUGCCGAGACUGCCUGUCUCCAUGGACGGAGCCACGAGCUUCACUGCACCGGACGGCAGCCUACAACUACCAGAGGGCGCUCAAGGGAAUGAAUUCAAUAUCACAAAUUACAUGGUUGAUGCGAGCUCCGAUUGGUUUAAAUCUUAGGGUUUCUUUUCUCAUCUUCUACGAAUACACUCCCAAAAAUUCCCUCAAGCAUGUGUCGGGCAUGUCAAUUGGCGUCUGUCCAAGUACUGUCCUGCCCCCUGUAAUGGUCCGGUCCUUUCUUUCCGCACCUUCCUUAUUCUUCUAGAUACCCCUUCUUCUGAUGGAACUGGGUUGGGGACACAACAACGUGCUGGUGACGGUGUAAUGAGUAUAUAUACCGCAAAAGGAAUAUGUUACCCAACCCCUCAUUUCUUCCUAGUAUUUUAAAUCAAGGGAAUAGUUUGGGUAAGUGGUGCGUAGCGGCUCCCAUACUAUUGAAAGUCGCCAUAAGAUGCGAGAGGGACGAGGUCUAGUAAGGUAGCCUAGCCGGUUAUGUAUGAAUUCCAUCCCUGCACCUUCAUGAG